CAGCCUGGGUAUUCUCUUCGUACUUUUACGGGGCAUUCCGCAGCUGUUAUGUCAUUGGACUUCCACCCUAGUAAGGAGGACCUUAUCUGCUCUUGUGAUGAUAGUGAGAUAAGGUAUUGGAGUGUCAAGAAUGGCAGUUGUGCUGGCAUUUUCAAGGGGGGUGCAACCCAGGUGAGGUUCCAACCUCGUCUUGGAAGGCUUCUUGCUGCUGCCUCAGAAAAGUUUGUAUCUGUACUUGAUGUAGAGACCCAACUUUGCAGGCUUAAAUUACAGGGCCACAAAAACCCUGUCCAUUCUGUCUGCUGGGAUCCUUCUGGUGAAUAUCUGGCAUCUGUGAGUGAUGACCUGGUUAGGGUGUGGACAAUUGGCUCCGGUAACAAAGGGGAAUGCAUUCACGAGUUAAGCUGUACUGGCAACAAAUUCCAUACCUGUGUUUUCCACCCUACUUAUCAUUCUCUAUUGAUCAUCGGCUGUUAUGAGACUCUGGAACUGUGGAAUGCAAGCGAGAACAAAACGAUGACUUUACAACAUGCACAUGACAAACUAGUCUCUUCCUUAGCAGUAUCAAGUGUGACAGGUUUGGUAGCUUCAACUAGUCAUGACAAGUGUGUGAAGCUCUGGAAGUGAUUUUACUGCUUUUACCCGGUGACGAAACUAGGACACCCUCUUCAUUAUGUUUAACCAGAGAUACUUCAUAGAGAAGAACCUUCUCCAUUGUGUAUACCUUCUUUAGAUGCUUUUGUAGUUUAUAGUUUUGUUACAGUUCAACGAAAGGAUUAUUUCAAUCUUGACCCUAGUCCAAGUUAACUGAAGGAAGUCAUCUUUUGCGUCAAAGCUAACUUUGUUAUGCAAGAAAUCUGGUUGAUAAUGUCCGAGAGAGUUUCGGCUCAGACUGAGAGAAGAUGUAAAUGGUGUUUACCAAGUUUAUGUUAAUGAACUUCAGCCAUGUAAUAUCCUCUUUACGAUUCACCCUUUUGACAGGCAUGCGAUUGGGCUCCAGAUUUUCUUACAUGUUUUCUUGAUUCUGGUUCAAAGCUGCAACCAGGUUGUUGAUUACAAGGAGUAAACUGCUAUAUUAAAUUUGUAUAAUCCUUUUGAAAAAUUUUGGUGUCGAUUGUUGUAUUAAAUUUGUAUAAUCUUUUCAAUCAGUUUUGGUGUUAUUUCUAAGCCAAACAUUCUUAUGGCUGUAAACAAUCUCAGGGUCCCUGGGGAAAAGGAAAAAUGAUUUGGCAGAGUUCACUA